AUGGGUCUGUUGUUAGGUUUUAGAACAGAAAGUUGUGGGACCAAAUUUAGAGAAGUAAUUAAGGAAAACGUUAGGCUUUGGAUGUCACAAUAUUUUGCAUCGUCUCACAGAAACUGUAAGAUUAAUGCAGAAAGUAAAUGGAAAAGCAGGAUCCAGCAGUACAUGAAAUCUUUCCAGGUCAACUUCAGACUGAAAAGGGAAAGCAGGCCGGUUUUUGUUACUUGGAAACUUCACCUUCUUGACCUUUUCCAUGCUUACAGCUUAAUUACUAGGAUUAUUCUGACUACAUCUAAAGAGAAGUUGCAUAUGAAUACGAGGGUUUGUUACUUCUCUAAAGAUAUGGAGUUGAAACCAGAAAGUUUAGGAGAAGACGCGCAUUUUAUUUGUCAAGAAAGGCAAACCUUUGGAGUGGCUAAUGGUGUUAGUGGAUGGCCUAGGAAAGGGAUUGAUUCUGAGAUUUUUGCAAGAGAACUCAUGAUGAAUUAUCUUAAUGCUCUUUGA